AUGCAGUUUACAAAUUUUUUCAUACUAUUUACAUUAAUAUUUCAAAUAUUAUCACAACCUGUUGAUAUUGAUGAAAACGAAAAAUCAUUAAUAACAAAACGAAAAAGUGGUGGGCAUUCUUCAGGAAGCUCAGGGCAUUCUUCAGGAAGCUCAGGGCAUUCAAGUGGUUCUUCUGGUUCUUCUGGUUCUUCUGGUUCUUCUGGUUCUUCUGGUUCUUCUGGUUCUUCUGGUUCUAAUGGUGGUUCAGGCUCCAGUAGUUCAGGUUCAAGUAACUCCGGUUCAAAUAACUCGGGCUCAGAAAAUCUGGGUUCAAGUAACUCAGGCUCAAAUAACUCGGGCUCAGAAAAUCUGGGCUCAGAAAAUCUGGGCUCAAGUAACUCAGGCUCAAAUAACUCGGGCUCAAAUAACUCGGGCUCAGAAAAUCUGGGCUCAGAAAAUCUGGGCUCUACAUCAAAUUCAGGUAGUAAUGGUGGUAGUUCAUCUUCCUCAUCUUCGAAUUCUGGGUCCAAUGGAGCAGGCUCGUCAUCUAGCUCUUCAGGUAGUAAAGGAGGUUGGUCUCAAUAUAAUCCAAAUCCUCAAACAACUAAAUUUAGUAAUAAUAAAUAUCAUUGUGGUUAUUUAAGUUAUAAUCGUUAUUGUGGUUAUGGAAAUUAUUAUGCACCUACUAUUGCUGCUGCUGCUGCAGGUUAUGGUACAACAGCAUAUCAUGGACCCUAUAAUAAUAGAACUAAUGGUUCAUACGAAACUAAUGAUACAUCAGGUGCUAUUCGUUCAUCAAUGAUUUCAAUGAACAUGCUUAUAUACUGUAUAUUGGUAUCAUAUAUUGUGUUAAUUUAA